AGCUCAGCACAAUUCCCUGCCCGCCGGAGAUCCUAAUCUCUCCUUCCCGGCAGAGCAGAGCGGGCACUCCAUGAGCCGGACCCGGCAGGGAGGCGAUCCCAGCCCGCUCCCGCAUCCCUGGAUCCCGCAUUCCCGGAUCCAGAAUUCCCAGCUCCAGCAUUCCCGGCUCCGGCAUUCCCGGCUCCAGCAUUCCCGGAUCCUGUAUUCCCGGAUCCAGCAUUCCCGGCUCCAGCAUUCCCGGAUCCUGUAUUCCCAGCUCCGGCAUUCCCAGCUCCAGCAUUCCCAGCUCCAGCAUUCCCGGAUCCUGUAUUCCCGGCUCCAGAAUUCCCGGGUCCAGCAUUCCCGGCUCCAGCACUCCCGGAUCCUGUAUUCCCAGCUCCAGCAUUCCCAGCUCCAGCAUUCCCGGCUCCCUCAUUCCCGGAUCCCGCAUUCCCAGCUCCAGCAUUCCCAGCUCCCGCAUUCCCGGCUCCAGCAUUCCCGGAUCCCUCAUUCCCGGAUCCCUUAUUCCCGAAUCCCGCAUUCCCGGAUCCCUCAUUCCCGGAUCCCUCAUUCCCGGAUCCCUCAUUCCCGAAUCCCGCAUUCCCGGAUCCCGCAUUCCCGGAUCCCUCAUUCCCAGCUCCAGCAUUCCCGGAUCCCUCAUUCCCAGCUCCAGCAUUCCCGGAUCCCGCAUUCCCGGCUCCAGGGCUGUCCCGGCCGCCGAGGGAACGAUGGAAAAUCCCUGAACCAGCGGCUGGAAAAUCCUUGCGGCAAAGGUGGGGAUUCUCGGCCGCUGCAUGAGCAGGGCCUGGCCGGGCCAUGGCCUGGCCGCCGGGGCUGCUCCUGCUGCUCCUGCUGCUGUCCGGCCGCGCUCCGGCCGCGCGGAGCCGCGACUUCACCGCCAAGGACAUCGUCUACCUCCACCCCUCCACCACUCCGUAUCCUCGUGGAUUUAAGUGUUUCACCUGCGAAAAGGCCUCCGAUAAUUACGAGUGCAACCGCUGGGCUCCGGAUGUUUACUGCCCCAGAGGGACGAGGUACUGCUUCAGCCAGCACAUGAUGAAGGCCAGCGGGGAGAGCGUCUCUGUCACCAAGCGCUGCGUGGCCCUCGAGGAGUGUCUGAGCACCGGCUGCACCUACAUCAGGCACGAGGAG